AUGGACGCCAAGCCUGAGGAGCUAGAGGAGCCACUGUACGUGCCGCUGAAGCUACGGCGCCAGCGUGAACAGGAGCGUCUGCAGCGGAGACGCAAGGCGCUUCAGGAGCGAAUUCAGCAGGAGCGCAGCGACGAGGACAGCGGGAGCGACGAGGAUGAACAGAAAUCCAAGCGACAGAAGACCAGCGAUCCAAACGCCGGUGCGUCUCCAUCGUCCGCCACACUAGACGAACCUCCACAGCCGCAGCAGCGCUCAAGCGUAAGCCUUCUGGACCAGGCCUACGAGAUGCGCAAGAAGAUGGAGGAACAGGGUGUGAACCAGCAGAAGGCACAGCAGGACGCACAGGAAGUUAACAUGCUCAAAGAGGCCAGCUACGUGCAGAAAGUGGCGCUGGUCUCGGCCCACGAGCGUGCCGAGGGAAUCCACUACAAAGAAUCAAUGAAAACCACGUGGAAACCUCCUCGCAGUAUCGCAAACAUGACGCAGGAAGAGUGCGACGCAGUCCGCAAAAAGUGGCACAUUCUAGUGGAAGGCGAAGACGUGCCGCCGCCCAUCAAAUCGUUCGAGUAUAUGCGCUUCCCACCAGCCAUUCUAGACGCUCUUAAGGCCAAGAACAUCAUGCGACCCACACCUAUUCAGGUGCAGGCGAUCCCUUGUAUCCUAGCAGGACGAGACAUGAUCGGCAUCGCAUUCACAGGUUCAGGCAAGACGGUGACGUUCACUCUGCCGCUCGUCAUGUUGGCGCUUGAAGAAGAGAAAAAGAUGCCAAUUAUUGGCCACGAAGGACCAUUUGGCCUCAUUGUAGGGCCCUCCCGAGAGCUCAUGCGACAGACUUUCGACGUUGUCAAGCACUUUACCACUCACCUGUUCAAGGCUGGAUACCCGGAACUCCGUAGUCUGCUCUGUAUCGGUGGAGAAGACAAGCGGCAGCAAUCAAACUUGAUCGCCAGUCGUGGUGUGCACAUUGUGGUGGCUACUCCUGGUCGACUGAACCAUUUCUUAAAGCUACGCGAGAUGAAUCUGCGACUCUGCAAAUAUAUUUGCUUGGAUGAAGGCGACCGGAUGCUGGACUUGGGAUUCGACGAGGAAGUGGCUACAACUUUCAACCACUUCACAAGCCAGAGACAAACGCUGUUAUUCUCGGCUACGAUGCCCCAGAAGUUCCAGGAUUUUGCCAAGGACGUGCUAGUGAAGCCUGUUCUAGUGAACGUCGGUCGUGCUGGAGCUGCUAACUUGGAUGUGAUCCAGGAAGUUGAAUAUGUCAAGCAGGACGCCAAGAUUGUGUAUCUGCUGGAAUGUUUACAGAAGACUAGUCCACCAGUUGUCAUUUUCUGUGAACGCAAGGGUGACGUGGAUGAUAUCUACGAGUAUCUGAUUCUAAAGGGUGUUGAAGCUGCUUCAAUUCACGGUGGGAAGGACCAGGAGGAACGUAACGAGGCCAUUGAUCUGUUCAAGAAUGGACAGAAAGACGUACUGGUCGCCACGGAUGUGGCUGCAAAAGGUCUCGACUUUCCCGAUAUCAAACACGUUAUUAACUUCGAUAUGCCUGCAGAGAUCGAGAACUACGUGCAUCGCAUUGGUCGUACAGGUCGUUGUGGUAAGACUGGAGUAGCUACAACGUUCAUCAACAAGAGCGUUCCCGAGAGUGCACUGCUGGAUCUCAAGCAUUUGCUCGUUGAAGCCAAGCAGACUGUCCCGCCAGUUCUCAAGGCCUUGGAAGAUCCUUAUGAAGAGUUAGAACGCAGUGGCAAUGGACUUUCAAAUGCUACAGGGACGAAGGGCUGUGCCUUCUGUGGUGGUCUGGGUCACCGUAUCACAGACUGUCCCAAGGUGGACUCGCAGGUCCGGAAGAUCGGAGCAGGCAAGCGAGACUUCCUUGCUGGGAAAAGUGAAGGCUAUGGUGGAGAUUCUCUUGGUUAA